AUGUCUUUAUCAAAAUACUCAUCAACGGCCGAAACAACUAACCUUGCUAGACUUGCACGACUUAUCUUGGGGCCCUGUACAGAUGUUCUUCGUGAAGUUCUAAAAAAAGAAAUUUUACCAUUAGAUCUGUCAAAAGAAUUUAAGAAGUGGAUUAAUGACCCUGCAAACACAAAACAACGCAGUCCUUUCAAUAACCAACGAACGGAUCUUAUCUUUCCUUUGCCAACAAAACAUUAUGGCGGCAAUUACUCCGAUUUUGAUAUUGGCUUGUUAUAUCUACUCCUCCGUAACAUAUCUAAAAUACCUCCACACACAAAUGGAUGGGGAAAGGAUCCAGAUCCUGGGGACAGAAGUGAGUCAGCAAAUAUUGAAAGAGUACGUCUGAUACGAAACAAAUAUUAUGGACACAUCAAUGAAUUUUCGAUCUCUGAUUCGGAUUUUCGACAGGAAUGGCGAAACAUUCAUGAAAUUGUGAAGGAAUUAGAACUAACAUUAGGGACGGCUACUUUCUACGAGGAUGCUGUGAAAGACAUUAAGAAAUGUCCCAUGGAUCCACAAAAAGAGUUGGAAUAUAUCAAUAAACUUGCUGCUAUUGAUGAAUUAUCUGAUAAGGUUGAAAGUCUUUCAGCGGAAAUAAUCAACUUAAAGCGUCCAAUUCCUCGCAAUGUGAAAGUUCACGAGAAAGAAAUUUUAAAGUGGGAGGAAGAGGAUAAAGUUUUUUCUGAAAUACACAACUACCCUUCAGUGCUUGAAAAAGUCAAGAAGCAGCCGUGCGUGGUCUUUGUUGGCGUACCAGGAUCUGGUAAAACUGUCAUGGCUCGUCAUACUGCACUUACUCUCCGGGACAAAAAUUACGAAGUUGUGCCUGUCAAUGAAAUAGGACAAAUGAAAUUAUUUUGUGAUCCUCUGAAUCCACAAGUUUUUGUACUGGAUGAUGUGGUAGGUAAAUUUGGGUUUCAGCAGUCAAAGAUGGAUCUUCUGAUAGAUUAUGAGCAAAUGAUAUUAAACCCAGCGAUGCCAGAUUCGAAAAUACUUCUGACAUGCAGAGAAACGGUGUAUAAUAAGGCAAAAACUUCAAGUGCAUUUUUCUCAGAAGAAAGCAAUAUAUUUUUGUUUCAUAGUGAUGAGAAUGAAUUAAACGAGAAGGAAAAAAUAGGUUUAAUGGAAGCAUAUAAGAUAGAUACCUCGGUUUUGUCCAAGUCUGAUUUAGGAUCUGCUUCAAAGAUGUUUCCUUUACUCUGCAAACUGUUUCCAAAGGAAGAAUUCCUAUCAUAUGGUCCAAGGUUUUUUGAAUGUCCAAUUCAUUGUAUAUUGGCUGAAUUUGAGAAAAUGUACAAUGAUAACAAACUACAUUAUGCUUCUUUGGUAUUAUGUAUGAUAAACGGAAGCAGAUUAUCAGAGGAAAUUCUAGAGAAUACAGGACAAGUAGCAAUUGGUGGAAACUUUGGUGAAAUCAAGCAAGCUGUCUGCAAGAAAUUGAAAAUGAGAAGUCAAACUGAUGAUUUUGAAUUUGUCGAUGCAUUGCGUGAAAUGAACGGAACGUAUACAAAAUUGUGUGACAGAGAGUACACCUUCAUUCAUGACUCAAUGUUUGAAAUAAUUGCUCAUCAUUUCGGACAGAAGUGCCCAGACCUUAUUUUAAAAUACCUGAGUUCUAGCUACAUUGCCAAUUACGUUAAGCCUCAGAAAUGCAAAACCGAAACUAAUGAAAGUGAAAGCAAGGAAAUGUUUGAGAAAGCAGUUCGUGUUGAUGAAAGCAAUGCUAGCAGAAUAUCACAUGAUCUUUCUGUUAAAUUACAAGAGGAAUAUUUUCCAUUGUUAGCAGAACGUUUGUUUCGAGACAUUGAGGACAUGCAAUUGUACGAUGUAUUUAUGAGCGAUCAUCUAAAGUAUCCUCAGGUUUGUCAGGCAUUUCUUGCUGUGUUGAAUAGUAAGAGAUAUAUGGAUAUAAAAGAUAUAUUUCUGUCCCAGAAGAAUGAUCAAUUUUUGAAAUUAUUACUGAAAAGCAAAGCAGAUGUACUGAAAAUUUGGAAUGCAGGAAAUAAAGAGUUCAUUAGACAAAGAUUGUUAGUUGGAUUACGAGAGAUAUCUGAGAAUCAUGAAUUGAAUAUUAGAGUGAUCAGUUGGGUGAUUUACUAUGGGCAUCACAAUAUUCUUCGAUACAUUGUGGACCAAACAGAGCAAAAUAAAGAAACACAGUGCAAACUUUUUCAGAAUUAUGAAACUCCCUGUCCACGAUCAGAUUUUUCUGAACUAGGUCAUUCACGAACUUCAGUGAAUAACGUGAUCAAGCAGGGAACAGAUAUGGCUAUCGUGUUUGAAGUAACCUCUGAUGCCAAUUCCAGUGACACAUCUGUGAAGGAAACCUGUGACACCAGUGAUUUAUUUGUUGAAAGUACUCGCUUACUGGUAAUUGGUUGUUAUAGUGGUGAUGUUGAGACUGUUAAAAUUUUACUGGAACAUGUCAAUGAAAAUUCAUUGAAUAGAACGUCUCGUUACCAAGGUUAUAUUUUUGAUUAUUGGCGACAGGAUACUCCUCUAACAGCUGCUUGUGGCCAUGGACACGAAGAUGUUGUGAGAGAACUGAUAAAUAGAAGAACUGAUGUCAAUCUACAACGUGAUUUGCUUCAUGUAAAGUUCCCGCUUGUUACUGAAUAUACACCUGAUCGUUUGGGAUUGAUGAAACAACAUCUGAUACUAGGAGGUGUCGAUAUUAAUAUAGUGUUAACACCACUUGUUUCAGCAUGUAAGGGCGGGCAUUAUGAAGUGGUAAAAGAGCUACUAAAGGCAGGGUCAAAUGUCAAUACAUAUAGUGUAGGUGAAUCCCCACUGAUAGCUGCUUGUAAGGGAGGGUAUGUGAAUAUAGUGAAUGAACUACUGAAAUCGGGGGCGGAAGUAAAUCCGAAGAAUGAAGGAUAUAUUCCAUAUCAAACACCAUUAUCAGCUGCAUGUUAUCAUGGACAUUUAAAUGUUGUCAAAUUACUGCUUAAAGAAGGAGCUGAGGUCAGUCUACAUGGAGAUUGUUAUUCACCACUUUCAGCAGCAUGUGAAAAUGGGCAUUUAAAUGUGGCAAAGGAACUGCUGAAGUUUCAGGCUGAUGUAAAUCAUGAAAGUAAAUUUUACGAGGCCUUGAAAGCUGCAAAGAACUGUAGUCAUAACAUAUGUACAAAGAAGCAAUUGCGUUCGCGAUAUAAUUUUCGGACUCGAAGAGGAAACCGGUACAUGUAUGAAUGCGAUAUACCACCAUCGUAUACUCGGCGCAUAGAUAGUUUUUUAGCAGUUACAGACUAUAUGAAAUCUCGAGAUGAUAAGUUAGAACAGUAUUUAUGUAAUUUAUCUCUAAUUAUUGCCUCCGGAGAAUCAAAAAAGUUACGCACUUUUAUAAGUCCGGAUAUGAUAAACGCACCAUUAACAACAGCCUGCAGAGGGGGACAUAUCGAUUUGGCAAGAGAACUGAUAAAGGUGGGGGCAGAUAUCAAUACACAAGAUCGUAAUGGUACGCCACUGAUAGCUGCAUGCCAAGGAGGACACUUGAAUAUAGUGAUGGAACUUAUAAAGAAUGAUGCCAAAAUAAAUCUACAAGGAAAUUAUGAAACACCAUUGAUAGCUGCAUGUAAUGGCAAUCAUGCGAACGUAGUCAUGAAACUAUUAAACGCUGGAGCUGAUGUAAAUCAAAUGACUAAAUGUGAUGAAAGAUCAUUCGGGUUGAGGCUAGCCUUCACUUUAAGAAAUGAAUACACAACAGCACUGGGAGCAACAUGUAGCCAUGGGUAUAUGAGCCUCACGCAGGAAUUAUUAAAGGCGGGGGCAGAAAUCAAUCCCCAAAGUUCUAACGAUUCACCAUUGACAUAUGCUUGCAAGGGUGGCCAUUUGAGUUUAGUGAAAGAGUUGAUAAAUUUAGGAGCAGAUGUCAAUCCUAAAAAUAAAUAUCAAACACCAUUGACAGCUGCAUGUUUCAGUGGGCAAGUACAGGUUGUGACGGAACUGCUUGAUGCUGGAGCAGAUGUAACCUUAGAAACUUUACAUCAUGUAACACCAGUUAAAGCCGCAAUUGAAGAUCAAUUAUCUAAUGCAUUGUGUAUAAAGGUGGGGGCAGAUAUCAAUACACAAGAUCGUAAUGGUACGCCACUGAUAGCUGCAUGCCAAGGAGGACACUUGAAUAUAGUGAUGGAACUUAUAAAGAAUGAUGCCAAAAUAAAUCUACAAGGGAACAAGAUGUGUUUGUGA